AUGCUGGCUGAUCCUGCGCUUGCCCGCGUCGGGGACGACCUGCUCUCCAUCCCAGUCACGGCGGCCUGCGCAGUGCCGUCGGUGUCCUUCGAGCCGCAAGCCGGGCUGGACUACGGAGACGUCUUCAUCAGGUACCCCUUUCACCAGAGCCUCUAUCUGCACAACACCUCGGCGCUGCCAGCCAAGUUCAGGGUGCUGCAGCAGGAGGACAAGUCGCGGGCAGAGUUCGAGCCGGACCAGUGGACAGGCACCGUGCCGCCUUGCGCCUCGCACGUCAUCACGGUUACCCUCACGGCCCACACGCCCGGCCCGCUGAGGAUCUCCAUGUACGUGAAGAUGCACGGCAAGCAGAUGCCCUUCCCGCUGGUGCUCGUCGCCAACUCCGUGGGGCGAGCGUCAGGGCCAGAGAACCCCGACCUCCUCUCGUGGUGA